AUGAAAAUUAGGGCUUCACGCAUUUCGGCGUCCAUCGCCAACGCCAUCUACCAGGACCAAGAGCCCCCAGAUAGUCACAAGCGCCACGGCCGCCUCCUGCGCGCCAUCAUCGCCUUCUUCUCCCUCUUCCGCCUGUGGCUCGUCCGCUACCGCCCCGCCGACUUCCUCGCCCUCCGCCGCACCGCCUGGCAGCUUGAUGAAGAUGAGUACCUCGACUCCUUCCGCAACGCCUACUCCUCCUCGUCCCGCGCGGCCGAGCUCAUCCCGGUAGGCGACCUGGGCUACAGCGGCUCGACCUUUUUCACCACCCCGGACGCCAAGUUCCUCAUCAAGUCCCUCCCGCGCCGCUUCGAGCACACCUUCUUCACCCACGACCUCUGCGGGCCCUACCUCUCCCACAACACCGCCCACCCGGACUCCCUCCUCGUCCGUAUCACGGACAUGGUCUACGCCUCCCGCCCUAGCCUAGGCAGCCUGCUCGGCACCGCGCCAACCCACCACAUCGUCAUGGAGAACCUCCUCUACGGCAAACCCUCCGCCUCCUCCACCUCCUCCCUCGAGGACACGUCCCCCCACCGCCGCUGGGAAUCCUUCGACCUCAAGCCCGCAGACUACUUCUUCCCGGAGCGCGACCUCGCCAACGGCCGCCUCGCCCCCUCCCGCGUAAAGGACAACCUCGUCGACAUCGUCCCCCACAAGAUCCGCGUUCCCCCCGCGGCGAAGCGCUCCCUCAUGGACCUCCUCUCCCGCGACACCCGCCUCCUCGCCUCCCACUCCGCAGUCGACUACUCCCUCUUCCUCGUCCGCCACCCAUCCUCCCUCCCGUCCUCGCCGCCCAGCCGCGCGGCGCCCACGGGCUCCUUCCCCAGCCCCUGGCGCGAGGGCGUCGACGACGUCAAGGGCGAGUGGCGCUACCGCGCCGUCGUCCUCGACUUCUUCUGGUGCAAGCGCAAGCUGCGCGCCAGGGCCAUGACGGGGCUCGUCGAGGCCUUCAACGUCGUGGCGGGGAGGGGCCCCAUGAGCAUCACCGCCGAGCCAGAGGAGUACCGCCAGAGGUUCCUGAGGAUGGUGGACAGCAUCUUUGUAGCGUUUGAGGCGGAGGAUCUCCUGACUGGGAGUGAGUCGUCUGACGGAUGA